UACUACUUCUGCAACUACAGUUAAGUCUGCAACCACAGAGCAAAGUACAACAACUUUGACUCCUUCUACCACUGAGUCAACAAAAGUGACAGCUGUAGGAACAAGUACGUCCACGGAUCAAAGUACAACUCUGACCACUUCUACAACUGAGUUAACAUCAACAGUGACAGCUGGAAUCUUUUGUUCCCUGAGCUGCACAAACUCAAAAUGUUUCAUUAACAGCUCCACCACUGAGCCUGCAUGCCAAUGUAAUAAAGGAUUUGUAAUGGAUGAAUCGAAGACAGUCUGCAGAGAUAUCGAUGAAUGUGACUCAUCAAACGAGUGUGAACAAAUAUGCAAAAACACUCUUGGAAGUUAUAAAUGUUCAUGCAAACCUGGUUAUCUGGUAGAUCAGGGAGACAAAAAAAAUUGCAGUGAUAUUGAUGAAUGUAGUAUCCCUGAAUUAAAUGAUUGUGACCAUUCCUGUCAAAAUACUCUUGGAAGUUAUGAAUGUUCAUGUCGGCCUGGUUACCAGCUGGAUAAAGGAAACAAGAAGAAUUGCAGUGAUAUCGAUGAAUGCUUAUCCAAUCCAUGCGGUAGGAAAGGUUCCUGCAACAACACACCAGGCUCCUUCCAUUGCACUUGUUUAGAUGGUUUUACUGGUCGAUUAUGCUCAAUUGACAUAGAUGAAUGUUUUUCUAGCCCAUGUAUGAAUGGAACAUGUUCAAAUAUACCAAGAAGUUUCCAAUGCCAGUGCCAAAAGGGCUUUACAGGACAGCUCUGUGAAACUGAUAUUGAUGAAUGUUCUAGCCAACCAUGUAUGCAUGGAGCCACCUGUUUGGAUCGUAUAGAUAACUUUGUCUGUGCCUGUUCACCUGGAUAUACUGGCCGAUUUUGUCAAACUGUAAUUAAUAACUGUGCUAGCAAGCCAUGCCAAAAUACUGGUUUCUGCCAGAACCUCAUUAACAACUACACAUGCAGAUGUCCUGACAAUUGGAAAGGUCAAGAUUGCAGUACAGAUGUGGAUGAGUGUUUCCUUGGUACUCACAAAUGUGAUCGGCGUGCUGGAAACUGUACAAAUACAAUUGGAUCUCACAAAUGCUCCUGUAUAGAAGGGUAUGAAGGCGAUGGAUUCACUUGCACAGAGAAACGACUAUUCAAUUAUGGAAUUCAAUAUGGAGAUACAAAACUAAACAGAAUGGCACGGGACUUUAAUUCUCCGCCCAUCAACAUCCCAGUUGGCUUUCCAUUUGGUGAUACCUAUUACUACCGAUUAUACUUUUCAGAUAAUGGGCUGAUUACAUUUCAAAGAAACAAUGAUUAUGUACAGUAUAUAUAUCCAACUCCAUUCUGGGCAUUCAGAGGCUAUUUGUAUAAAACACCAUCGAUGAUUGCUGUUUUCUGGGAUGAUGCAGACGUGAGAAGAGGUAGCGGAUGUAUAUACUACCAGGUAUUUGAUUUUCAAUACAAGAAUGAUGAUCAUAGUCGGAAUUUCCAGAAUGACCUUAAUGCACAAAUCAAUAAGUUUUAUGGAUCUGAACUUGGCAUCACCAGCUUUGAGUCUAAAUGGGCAGUCAGGAUCACCUGGGAAAAUAUGCUUCCAUUCACUGGAUAUAGAAAUGUGGACUAUCAAGGGACUAAUACAUACCAAGCAGUCUUAAUAACUGAUGGUAUUUUCUCCUUCUGCUUAAUUCAAUUCAAAGAUGGUGGAAUGAACUGGAAAUAUUCAACAAGACCUUUCCAGAGUAAUUACGCUCUCAUGGGAUAUUAUAGUGAAUCUACAUCCUUCUUCUUUAAUGACCCUCAGACCAGAUUUAAUGUGCCACCUGAAAAAAUCUACCAUCCUGAUAAAUACCCUGGCCAUAAAACAGGUGAAAAGGGACGGUGGGCUUACCGUUUGGAAAGGAAUAAUGCAAAUACAAGAAACCCAAGACAAAAAUGCAUCGAUUGGUAUCUAAAAGAACCUUUCCCAUAUUGGAGCUUCAUCACUCCGCCUUGUCCCUGUUCAUUUUGGCAGGCUUUUUUUGAUAAUUCCUUUACAUGGGGAUUCAUUAUAAAGCUUUAUGGAUUUGAAGUUAAAGAACCUCAAGAUACAUAUUUCACUUUCCAAAGCCGAUUCCCUAACUGGCAGGGUUCAGGAGUGAGAUGUUACUAUUCAUUUACUGGUGGUCUAAUCUAUGGUGAAAAAGAACGAUUUCUUCCAACACCAUGGAUUCACUACAACGUGUGGGCUUGGUGGUGGAGAGGAUACUUAUAUUAUAUGCAGCAAAGAAAUAAUUUUUUCAACUACAUUUUACCAAAGCUGAGAGCUGACUAUGAAGGUCAGGAAGUUGAUCCAUACAAUGACUGCUGCAGAGACUCUGGUGAUAGUUUUUACUGUUCUCUUUACCGAUUGAAGAGGCCCCUAGACUUUUGCUUUGGAUACAUUCCCCCGAGGAUAGGUUUCUUUUUUGGAGAUCCUCAUGUGGUGACCCUGGAUGGAGUAAAAUACACAUUUAAUGGUCUGGGCGAAUUCAUCCUAUUAAAUGUGAAAGAUGAAAAUGAUACAGUUACAUUCAGUUUACAGGGUCGAACCCUCAGAGCAGGAGAAAAUAGAACAUCAGAGGCAACAAACUUUGUAGCAUUGGCAGCAGAAGGUCCCAGCGGAACAAAGGUUCAGUGGAAUCUUAUUAAUGAUGAAGAACUAAUUCUCCGGGUCGAUGGGAAUAUUGUAAAUGUUACAGAAAAUUCUACCUAUAUAAAUCAAGUGACCUUACAGAGGACAAGCAACAAUGAGACAGUGGCCAGUUUUGAGGGUGGAACAUCCAUUACGGUCUCAGGAAAAAAGGGAGCCUUGUCUUUCACUACUGCAUUAGAUAAUUCUUUCAAAAAUAAAACAGAAGGGCUCUUGGGAGUCUGGAAUGAUGAUAAGAUGGAUGACUUUAAAGCUGCCGAUGGUCGUCACCUUGAAUUUGAUGGAACUAAUUUGCCCAGUGACAGUCAGAUUUUCUUUAACUUUGGUCUCACAUGGAAAACAACAGUGAAUGACAGUGUAUUUACAUACAACACAACCCCAGGGGAGACUUGGUACACUUACAACAACAACAGUUUUGUACCUAAGUUUUAUGAUGAGCUUUUGCAAACCACAGACAAAAAGAAAAUUGACAAAGCUAAUGAAACUUGCCAGGGAAAUGAUGACUGCAUUUUUGAUGUUUUGAGUACAGAUGAUUUUUCCUUUGGAACAGCAACGUUACAAAGUGUGACAUCAUUUGCAGCACAGAAUAGCACAAUGAAUAAUUUCCCUCCAAACAUCACUGGAGAUUCAUCUAUUCAAACUCGUCUUGGUGAACUAGUGUUUGUUCUUUUUUCUGCCACUGAUGCCAAUGAUGACAAUGUGACUUUUUCGGUGUUGACUGAUUCAUCAGAAAUCACAAUGACAGAAAAUGGGAACUUUUCUUGGCAUCCAACAAGCUCCACUCCAGUGUUUGCCAUAAUACAAGCCAAUGACUCAAAGGCCACUUCUGAGCUUGGAUUGACACUGACAUUAUGCAACUGCAGUAUCAAUUCAACCUGUGAUUAUUCCAGAUCAGUUAUAAGCAUGGAAAGAAAUAACACCAAGUUUGUGGUUGCAGCAUGUAAUUGUACUCCUGCAUAUAUUGGUGAUUACUGCACUGAAGAUUUUGAUGCUUGUCAAGACAAUCAAUGUUUCUUAAAUGAUACCUGCAAAGACCAUCCUGCACCACUGGAAGGUUAUACUUGUGGUCCAUGUCCAGACAAUUUAGAAGGAGAUGGAGAAAAAUGCUAUGAUCUUGAUGAGUGCCAGGUAAAUACAGACACUUGUGAGCAGAUCUGCAUAAAUGUGUUUGGAAGUUACAACUGCAGCUGUAAUGAAGGUUAUGCAAUAAAUGCAGCAAACAGUUCUCUGUGUGAUGACAUUGAUGAAUGUAGGAAUACAUCUGCGUGUCCCCAAAAUGCAGACUGCAUCAAUUCAGUGGGAAACUAUACUUGUGUGUGCAAGUCUGGAUAUGAGGGAAAGCCAUACAGUUUCUGUGUUGAUGUGGAUGAAUGCAUUCAAAGUACCAUCUGUUCAGGAAUUAAUUCCAUCUGUACUAAUACUGAGGGCUCUUUCAACUGUACUUGUAGAACAGGAUAUGAAGGACCCAACUGCACAGAUAUUGAUGAAUGUGUACAAGGUCAGAACAAUUGUGUUUUGAAUUCUGAGUGUGUCAAUACAGAAGGCUCAUACAUGUGCAAAUGUAAUAGUGGAUAUGAAGGUCCUAACUGUACUGAUAUUGAUGAAUGUACCAAAUUUCUGGAUAAUUGUGACAAUAACGCUGACUGUCAAAAUACACCAAGAUCAUUCUCCUGCUCCUGCAAGUCUGGAUUCAAAGGGAAUGGAACAUUCUGUGAAGAUAUUGAUGAGUGUACAGAGCAAUCAGGAAAUUGUCCUACAACUGAGCGCUGUGAAAACAGCUUUGGAAAUUAUACUUGCAAUUGCCUUGAAGGAUAUAAAAGAGUAAAUGGUGAAUGUGAAGAUAUCGAUGAAUGCCUAAGCAUGGCAUCUUGUCCAGAGAAUGGCCAAAAAUGUGUUAAUACUGAACCAUUUUUUAACUGUGAAUGUAAAAGUGGAUUUCAGAGUAUCAAUGGAACAUGCAGAGAUAUUAAUGAAUGCCUUGAUGCAGAAGCAAAUAACUGCUCCAUAAGUCAAGGACUCUGUGUUAACUUCGAGGGGUCAUAUACUUGCCAAUGCAAGGCUGGAUACUCCGGAGAUGGUUUUACUUGCAAUGAUGUGGAUGAGUGUCUUGAUAAUAACAUCUGUUCCAGGAAAACCAAUUCUUAUUGUGUCAAUACCGAGGGCUCUUUCAACUGCACGUGUCUAGAUGGAUACGAAGGAUUUAACUGCAGUGAUGUGGAUGAAUGUCUUGAUAGUAACAUCUGUUCUUGGAAAAACAAUUCUUAUUGUGUCAAUACUGAGGGCUCUUUCAACUGCACAUGUCUGACUGGAUAUGCAGGACUCAAUUGCACAGAGUUGCCCUCCACCACCAAUGCAACUGCAAGUCCUUCAAGUGCAACAGUGAAUCAAACAUCUAGUCCUGCAUCAGGGGUUGCUACUGCUCCCCCUACAAAUAAAAGUCUUACUAGUACAAAUACCAAUGGAGCAAAUGAAAGUAUAUCAACACCACUUGCAAUUAUCUCAGUACCAACAGAUACCACUGCAGUUACCUCAAUCCUAACAAGCAAUUCUACAACUGUCUCAGAAUUGACAAGCAAUUCUGCCAUUGCCUCAGAACCGGCGAGCACCACUGCAGCUACUUCAGGACCGGCGAGCACCACUGCAGCUGCCUUAGAACGGACAAGCAGCACUGGAACUAGUUCAAAAUCCACGAGCACCACUGCAGCUACUUCAGGACCGGCGAGCACCACUGCAGCUACUUCAGGACCGGUGAGCACCACUGCAGUUGCCUUAGAACUGACAAGCAGCACUGCAGCUAGUUCAAAAUCCACGAGCACCACUGCAGCUACUUCGGAACCGACGAGCACCACUGCAGCUAGUUCAAAAUCCACGAGCACCACUGCAGCUACUUCAGGACUGGCGAGCACCACUGCAGUUGCCUUAGAACGGACAAGCAGCACUGCAGCUAGUUCAAAAUCCACGAGCACCACUACAACUACUUCGGAACCGACGAGCACCACUGCAGCUAGUUCAAAAUCCACGAGCACCACUGCAGCUACUUCAGGACUGGCGAGCACCACUGCAGUUGCCUUAGAACGGACAAGCAGCACUGCAGCUAGUUCAAAAUCCACGAGCACCACUGCAGCUACUUCGGAACCGACGAGCACCACUGCAGCUAGUUCAAAAUCCACGAGCACCACUGCAGCUACUUCAGGACUGGCGAGCACCACUGCAGUUGCCUUAGAACGGACAAGCAGCACUGCAGCUAGUUCAAAAUUCACGAGCACCACUGCAGCUACUUCAGAACCAACGAGCACCACUGCAGCUAGUUCAAAAUCCACGAGCACCACUGCAGCUACUUCAGGACUGGCGAGCACCACUGCAGUUGCCUUAGAACGGACAAGCAGCACUGCAGCUAGUUCAAAAUCCACGAGCACCACUACAACUACUUCGGAACCGACGAGCACCACUGCAGCUAGUUCAAAAUCCACGAGCACCACUGCAGCUACUUCAGGACUGGCGAGCACCACUGCAGUUGCCUUAGAACGGACAAGCAGCACUGCAGCUAGUUCAAAAUCCACGAGCACCACUGCAGCUACUUCGGAACCGACGAGCACCACUGCAGCUAGUUCAAAAUCCACGAGCACCACUGCAGCUACUUCAGGACUGGCGAGCACCACUGCAGUUGCCUUAGAACGGACAAGCAGCACUGCAGCUAGUUCAAAAUUCACGAGCACCACUGCAGCUACUUCAGAACCAACGAGCACCACUGCAGCUAGUUCAAAAUCCACGAGCACCACUGCAACUACUUCAGAACCAAUGAGCACCACUGCAACUACUUCAGAACCAACAAACAAUUCUGCAAUUGCCUUAGAACGGACAAGCAGCACUGCAGCUACCUCAGAACGGACAAGCAGCACUGCAACUAGUUCAAAAUCCACAAGCACCACUGCAACUACUUCAGAACCGACGAGCACCACUGCAACUACUUCAGAACCAACAAACAAUUCUGCAAUUGCCUUAGAACGGACAAGCAGCACUGCAGCUACCUCAGAACGGACAAGCAGCACUGCAACUAGUUCAAAAUCCACAAACACCACUACAACUACUUCAGAACCGACGAGCACCACUACAACUACCUCAGAACUGACGAGUACAGCUGUAACUACUUCAGAACUGACAAACAAUUCUGCAAUUGCCUUAGAACGGACAAGCAGCACUGCAGCUACCUCAGAACAGACAAGCAGCACUACAACUAGUUCAAAAUCCACAAGCACCACUACAACUACUUUAGAACCGACAAACGAUUCUGCAAUUGCCUCAGAACAGACGAGCACCACUACAACUACUUCAGAACAGACGAGCACCACUACAACUACUUCAGAACCGACAAACGAUUCUGCAAUUGCUUCAGAACGGACGAGCACCACUACAACUACUUCAGAACGGACGAGCACCACUGCAACUACUUCAGAACGGACGAGCACCACUACAACUACUUCAGAACCGACGAGCACCACUACAACUACUUCAGAACGAACGAGCACAGCUGUAACUACUUCAAAACCAACGAGCACAGCUGUAACUACUUCAGAACUGACAAACAAUUCUGCAGUUGCCUUAGAACGGACAAGCAGCACUGCAGCUACCUCGGAAUGGACAGGCACCACUGCAACUAGUUCAAAAUCCACAAGCACCACUACAACUACCUCAGAACCGACAAGCACCACUGCAACUACUUCAAAAUCGACAAGCACCACUGCAACUACUUCAAAAUCAACAAGCACCACUGCAACUACCUCAGAACCGACAAGCACCACUGCAACUACUUCAAAAUCCACAAGCACCACUGCAACUACUUCAAAAUCAACAAGCACCACUGCAACUACCUCAAAACCGACAAGCACCACUGCAAUUACUUCAAAAUCCACAAGCACCACUACGCCAACAACAGUCAUCCCAAUACCAUCUGAUAAUGGCCAUGUGAUUCUUUUCCCAUAUGGUGACCAAGCCAGUGAUAAAAGGCUGAGGAACAAUUUGCCUGCUGAUAAACCUUUGAAAACAAAUAAUCUCAUCAGUCCCACUUUUGAGCCUCGCAUGUACUUUGCUUUUGGGAAAUCUCUGUUCUCUUCGAUUUAUUUUACGGAGGAUGGACUAAUAGUUUUUCCAUUACCAAACUCUAAGAAGUACAAUUAUCCCAACCCAUUUCAAAAUGGAUUUCAAAGCAAUUCUCAACCGCCAAUGAUUGCUGUGUUUUGGAUCAAUACAUACCUCUCAGAUGGAGAAGUUUUCUAUCAGGAAUAUGAAACAUUUGGUUCCAAAUCUUCCAGCCUGGUACAAAGAGUAGAAAAAACAAUAGAGAAGUACAUGGCAAUUGAGUACAAGGCAACAUGGACCUUAAAGAUAACCUGGGUUAAUGUAACGGCAGAUCUUACUUCUCCAGCAGAUGAGUCAAAUACUUAUCAAGCAGUGAUAACCACAGAUGGAACUUAUUCAUUUGUUUUAAUGUUGUAUAAAUUUGGAGGAAUGAACUGGGAUGUUUCAAAGCUUCCUGCUAAAAACAUUGUUAUCGGCUACAACAGUGGCAAGGGAUUCUUUAAAAAUGCUGAACAAAUGAACCUUCCAGAUUCUGAAAGAUUUCGGCCUGAUAGAAAUAAAGGAGCAAAUACAGAUUUGAACGGUCUAUGGUUAUAUCAACUGAAUCAGAAUAAUUCACAGAUCAAUUACAGAGCAAAAUGUUUGCAAUGGUAUUAUUUGGAGCCAUCUCCAUCUCAGUGGAACCAAGGUUUACCUGCUUGUCCAUGCACCUUUUCCCAAGGACAGCUUGAUAAGCAAUUCCAGUUCUUUAAAUCUGAUACUUCAAAUAAGAUUCUUCGUAAAACCAGCGAAAAUAAAUUUAAUGCUGGCCAAAGAUGUAUCUACACUAAGAAGGGGAGUUUUAUUGAAGGUUGGCAGGAACGGUACUGGGUACCAAUUACACAGUCACCCUCAUCAACCAAGAACCAACAAUUCGACCUAGAGCCAUAUAAUUGGUGUUGUGAAAAGGUUGAUGAUCCUAAGUUCUGUGACUGUUAUGAAGAGAAAAGACCAAGCAUUACCUGUAAGGAAUACAGGCCUCCAGGUCAAGGGUUGGGGAAUGGAGAUCCCCACUUAUUCACUUUAGAUGGACUUUCCUAUACUUUCAAUGGCCGUGGGGAUUUUGUGUUACUUAAUAUUAAUGAAUCCAAUGAUAGAACCAUUUUUAAGCUUCACGGACGCACAGUUCAAACUGGUACAGCUAACGCCACAAACUUUGAAGCCUUUGCAGCCCAGCAUAUAUCAAGCAAACCAAUCACAGUCCAGAUGACUUUGAAUGGUGAUGAUUCAGUUGAUGUGCGAUUAAAUAAUAGUAUGGUGCAAUUCUCUUCUCCUACUGAAGAUAAUAAAGAAGUAUAUUAUGAAGAUACCCUUUAUCUGGAGAAAAAUGGAAACUCAUCAAUAGUUGCUUUAUUUGAGGAUGGAAUUUCAUUAACAGUAACAGCAAGAUUUAAAAUGUUAACUAUAGUAACCAGUUUACCAAAAAUAUAUAUGAACAAAACAGAAGGUCUUCUUGGAUUGUGGAAUGAUAAACAAGAUGAUGAUUUCAAAAUGCCCAACGGGUCUUUUAUUCCAGCAAACAGCACAGACUCUAUACUUUUCAGUUAUGGAUUAACAUGGGAAGUGCCCAGUGACCAGUCCAUUUUCACAACUCAAAACGUAGCGUCAAAAGCUACAGAUAGUUUGUUUACACCUCAAUUUUUGGAUGAGCUCCGACAGAAUAUGACCUUGUACAACAUGUUUGCCACGGAUUGCAACAACAACACUCAAUGUAUUUAUGAUGCAUUAAGUACAGGAAAUAAAGAAAUUGGGUUAUCUACAGCAGAAACAAUCAGAAAAUUGAUAGAAGAUGUGAAAAUACUAAAUUCAUUUCCUCCUACAAUUGAAGGAACUAGUAUGAUUUCUACAAAGCUGUUUGAACAAGUAAUUAGUUACUACACAGCAACACAACAAACUGGAAGUGAUGUUGUAUUUACCCCUUACAUAUCCCAGGAUCUAAAUAUAACAGAAAAUGGAACUUUGAUUUGGCUUCCGACAAAUAGAAGUGGAAUAACAGUAGACGUUGAAGCAGUUGGGUCUAAUAACCAAUCCUCGGUCAUUAGGCCCCAGCUAGUGUUAUGUGACUGUGGUGAGAAUGGAGAGUGCAAUAUCAAUGAAACCACUCGAAUCACUGGUUCAUCUGUCUAUAUAGCUGCAUGUAGAUGUAAAGAAGGAUUCACUGGUAGGAGCUGCCGAUCUUCGGUAGAACUUUGUCAAGUUCUCACAUGCUUCAUUGGAGUAAACUGCUCCUCUUCUGGGUGUGGAUCAUGUCCUGCUGGAUUGACUGGGGAUGGAAUACAUUGUUUGGACAUAGAUGAAUGCAAAGACAAAAACCCAUGUUCUCCAAAUGCAACAUGCACUAAUACUCCGAGAAGUUAUAAUUGUACUUGCAACUCAGGAUUUUCAGGAAAUGGAACAACCUGCACAGCAUUGUCAGAUCCAUGUGCCUCUUCCCAGUGCCCUCCCACAUUCUGCUGUAAUGGAGGAACCUGUACUCUCAACCCUGCUGAAAACUGCAAACCAACCUGCCAGUGCCCAAAUCCAUACACAGGAGAGCAGUGUACACUUGGAAUUCCGAUAUAUAUUGCAGAACCAUCACCAACUCUUCCCAAGAGAUCAGUCAAUAUUACAUUGACUUUAACAACUGUCGGUGAGACUUUGGAAAAUAGCACAUCUUUGGCUUAUAACCUCAAAGCAAAGGUAAUCGAAAAAGCAAUGAAACUGCAACAGUUUAAUAAUAGUUCGAAACCUCUUUUGUGGAAACGGGGAGAAGAAGAGGUUGCUACGCCUGUGCUUUUCUUCGAUUACAAUGGAAACAAGACUGUAAUUGACUUUCUAAAUGAUGAAUUAUAUUCUGCAAUUCUGGAUGCUUUCAACAAUGCACAACGUGCUGUGUCUCCUGAUAACUUUGGACCUUUAAAUCGUACUGACAUUCAAGAUAUAACUAAAUUAUCGUACAAAGAUCUAUUGAAUUACUUCAGCUGCAAUAAUACUGUAUUUGCUGGUUAUGUGCUUCAAUGGGAUGAACAACGUGGAGUUGUUUGCCGAUCUCCCUGUGACAUGGAUUACUGUUUGAAUCAGGCAGAGUGUCAGCAUCUGUUAACUGGACCUUCGUGCAAAUGUGUUCCACGCACAAUAUACAGUAGUUUCGGUGACCGCUGUGAACACCUAUCAAUGAAUCUCAGGGCCUUUUUUGGCAUUCUAUUUGGAGCUUUAGCAUUCUUGCUCUUACUGAUGUUAGCCAUAUUUUUAAUUGUGUGCAAGUACAAUUCAUCUGGAAGAGAAAGAUUCACAAAUGACACAAACAGCAUUGGAAAUGAGAAUCAGCAUAUUUUCUCUUGGCAAAGUAAUCCAUUUUCUUCUAAAAUGAAAGAUACUAGCAUCUUGCCUUCUUUGGAUGAAAAAAAUCUGUCUUCUUUGGUCUGGAAACCACAUCUUGAUAAUGUCAAAUCAACUGCAGAGAUAAAAAUUGAAAGACCAUCGCUCAAAAGGAAUGGUAAUGUUUCAGAAGUACCAUAAAUCCAUCAGCCUGCCGUUUGAGAACUUCAUUGAUGCUCUCUACUGACCAACAAGUGACUCACAGGCGUGAUGUUUUUGCUGCACUAAAAAUCUAUCACAGGGAUGUAGGUUCAUCAGAAACAUGUACUUGAAUACCUAUACUUUAAAUUGACAUUAUUUUCUUGUAUUAUUUUAAAAUGUAAACACUGUUAAAAUUAAUAAUAUUCUCUGUCACAGUGAUGUUAUUGAAUCUCGUAAAGGUUUAUAGGUAUUAAUGGGUUUGUUUUGUUCCUGCCCUCUGUUCAUUUAUUAUUUAUAGUCAAUUAUCACUCAUUACUUUGUAAAAGUUACAAAUACAUGUGUUUGGUAAAAUAACUGGAUAAGUUAGCAAUGAUGUACGUGAUCUUGACAACACUGUACAAUCCCUCAAUAUUUCUUAAGUGUUGAAACUUUCAAAUCUGUUAAAAUAUCAUUAAGAAAAUUAAAUAUCAUUAAAAAUAACAGUGCUUUAAUAGAUACAGUACUGUAUUUGAUAUGAAUAAUGGAACAAAUUGGGCAUGUAAUGUUACUAUUUUAGAAUCUGAUUUUUGGGAUAAAUUAUAAUUUAAAUGUGAUUUGUAUAGUUAAUCUUGUGAAAGGUGACAGAGUUUGCACUACAUGCAUUUAAAUCUAAGGAAAAUAGUUAUAAAAUUUUAUUCUAAAUAUUAUAAUUUCAA